AUGUCGUCCUUAACCAUCAUCGGCCGGCCUCGGACGCAGCGCCGGUCAUCGAGGGUGCCAGGUGGAUUCGAUCCGGACGAGGAGGAGGACAUGUCACCUGCGGCCAGCGUUGAUGGUGAUUUGCACAGCAACUCCCGCCCGACCUCGUCCUUGCCGCCGGGCACGAAAGAUCCGAGCAGCCUCCUGCAGCCACUUGAUGAAAACACCAAUAUUGAACUCCCUGCCAACAUGACCCUAGACGAAAGCGCAAUGAACAAGAAACUACUCGAUGUCGAGUCAAGCUUCAUGCCCGAGUCAUCGCCACUGGCAGAGAAAGACCCUGCAACUACCGGCGCCGACGAUACACACUUUUUUGGGAUACUGAACGAUAACAUCGCCGUGCGCAAGAAACCGCACCCGAUCCACAUCUCGUAUACCUCUGAAGAUACCGAAAACCAGCCUGAGACCAACACGGUCAGCGCGCAAUCCCCUCGGACACCACCUGGUGGGUACAAGACCCCGGCGCUGGAACAACAAGAAUUCCACGAUAUGGACGGGUCCGAAGAGAAUACACCUCAAAUCCGUAAUACCUCCGCCCUCGAACAAAUGUCAUCUUCCCCGACCGCGGCGGCUGCCGCACGAACUCUCUCACGAGUCCAGUCGUUGGCAACGCUGGGGGGUUACGAAACAGCCAAUGAACGAGAAGACCAAAUCAGGUCUGACAAGAAAUCCGAGCCGGCCCAAGAUGACCAUGAUGCCACACCUCGGAAAUAUGAGCAAGAGAAUCGAUUUCUUGGGGUUCCCAACUCAUCGGACGGACAGCAGGAGAGCGCCGAUACCCACCAGAAACAAGGAUCCAGGCGACCUCGGUAUCUCCACAAACGAUCAUCUCAGGCACGGCUGUCCUACGAUUCUAUGGCCAGUUCCAAUACCGAUGCCAGUGAUACCACCCUCGGGGCGGACUUUGCCCUCCAGUCGGGGGGUGCAUUGCCUGAUUCUAGUGCACAGCGCAAAGCUCGAACGACAAUUUCACGGCAAGCUAGCCUCGGUAGCAUGAUGUCUGGGAUAUCGGGCAUCAGUGACGAUGACCCUCGCACGCAACGGCAGCCGAGUGCACCCGACUUGAGUACUCUGGAGGAAGAAAGUCCACGAUCUCAUAAAGCGGGCGAAUUAUCCACCCCCCGUGCGUCGCAUUUCAAUUUUAACAUGCCGACCGACACCGUGAUUGCCAAUAAUGUUCGAGACCUGGAAGUACCGGGGACCUUCGCCCGCCAAUAUCGACAAGAACGAAGCAUUUCACCUGAGAAGAGUACAUCAGUUAUUGGUAUGACACCAGGCCCGAAGCGAGGGUUAACCUUGAAAGAGCACAGAAGUACGGUGGAAAAGCUUGGUAAAGAAAAUUUUGACUUGAAAAUGAAGAUACACUUCUUGGACCAGGCUCUUCAAAAACGAUCGGAGGAUGGUAUCAAGGAAAUGAUCACCGAAAAUGUACAACUAAAGUCUGAUCGACUCAGAUUGGAAAAAGAUAAUCAUAAUCUACGGAAACAGGUUCGAGAUUUACAGAAGAAACUCGACGAAAGCGGCGCUCGGGACUCGCCCAGCGCCGAUCAAGGAUACGGAACUGACGAGGAGAGGAGUCCUACGGCCGAGGAAGAAGUCAUCUACCUUCGGGAGAGGGUGGAGAUAAACGAAAUCGAGAUUGAAAAGCUUCGUUCCGAGAACGUUGCCAAGGAAUCGGAAAAGCGAAGAUUGGCUGAGAUGGUCAAGUCCUUGGGUGACACUCGAGCCGCCACAUCCGAUGUCGGCUCGAGGGAAGAGCGGGACAUGUGGAAAGAUAUGCUGGAGGCCGAGACAAUUGCUCGUGAACAAUCCGAAGAAGACAACAAGAGACUGCGUGAGGAGAUGGCCAAGCUCAGAAAUGAGGCGUUGGCCUCGGGCAAAUCAAAUUCACGCAAGGCUCGCAUGGGAGGCUCGGUUGUGUCGAGGUCCAGCAGUGUCGAGGCCGCCAAUGCUCAGACGGCGGAGAUCGAAAGACUGAGACACGAGGUGUCUGAACUCCAAAAGAUGAUAGGUGCGCAGGCAUCUACCCUCACGUCUCGCAACAAAGAAAAGGAACGUCUGUACCAAGAGAUCGAAGAUUUAAAGCUCGGACGGAUGGGGGGCCUCCGAUCUGUGGCUGGAGACUCCAUUCUUGAACGAUCAGCGUCUCGAGCGAGGUCGCAUUCUCGAGCAAGCAAUGGGACGAGAUUGUCUCGGAUGAGCGAUCAGGAACGAGAGUCCCUGGAAACUCGAAUCAACGAACUUCGCGAUGAAGUAUCACAACUCAAAUUGGAGAAUCAAAAUCUUCAGAAUCAAUUUGACGAGGCCUUGGCCGAGCUCGAUGCCGUGGAUGCGCAAGCCCAAGCAGAUGCAGAUCAGUUCAACGAAGAGCUCCACCUGUUAACUCAAGAACGCGACAACGCUCUUCGAGAUGCCGAGGAACAAGAUCACGCUUUCCAACAACUGAAGAAUGAGGCUCAAGAAGAAAUCGACGGAUUGGGUGACGAGCUUGACGCCAAAGCGGAGGAAUGUGCCAGGCUGGACCAAGAGCUCAAGGGGCAGAUUGAAAAUGUCAAAGCCUUACAAGCGGAGAUGCGAUCGGCUGCCGAGGGACUUGUUCGGCUCGAAGAGGAUGCACAAAACAAUCUCUCUCGUUACCAAUCGGUCAAAGGGGAGCUCGAUGACGCCAAUCGAGAAGUGGAGAGUUUGGAAAAGACUCUCGCAGAGGCCGAGAGCAAAGUGCAACGCCUGACAGUCCAACAGGAGAGCAGUCAUAACGAGAUUGCUUUCCUCCGUGAGGAGCAAGACGCCGACAAGAUCAAAAUCGGUGACUUGGAAUCACUGCUCAAGAAGGUCCACCUCAACCUGGAAUCGGAGAGAGACAAGAGCAGGGAUCUGGAGCGUCGGAUCAACGAGGAACGAUCACAAAGAGACGCCGUGGCCAGCCAAGAAAAGCAAGAAGUUCAAAGGGUCAUCAACGAUCUCAAUCGCGAAGCUUCGGGGGCCAAAGACGAACUUCGAAGAGUUCGCAAGGCGCUCUCUUCUCGGGACAUUGAGGCCACCGCCUACAAAGACCGGUUGUCUGAAUUGGAAGAGAGCUUGCGGAAUAUCAUUGGCGAUCCCCACAGCUCGAGAUCGAGCCUGAUUAGUGCGGUGACGAAAAUGCGACGCGAACUGGACCAGGCGACGGUCGAUCUCGAAUCCGUCCGACGGCGACUGGACGAGAGUGAGAGUCUUCUGGCUGACCGUGAUGCCCUGCUGGAGUCGACCAGCCACGAAUGCAGGAAGCUGGCCGAUGCGCUUGAACGUGAAAAGGCAGGUCGACGACAGGACAAGAUUGACUUUGAGCGCACCAACAAGGGUCAUAACUCGACCACUCGGGCGCUCACCGCGGCAUCUGCAAGAGUGGCCGAGCUUGAAUCCCUGCGACAGGCUGAUCGGAAACGGAUGGGACAGAUGGAGAGCCAACUCAAAGAUCAACUCACGGAACGAAAUCAGGUCCUGCUCAAUCUCUGGAAGAGACUCUCUGCAAUGUGCGGCCCGGACUGGGCCCACAACAACAGCUUGAUCAAUGGCAAUCUGCCUUCUCAGGAAGUCAUUGGCAACAUGCUCUUCUGGCCCGGAUUCAGCCGCAAUCUGCUUCUGGCUGCCAAGCAAGUGGAAGGCACAUUAUCCACCUUCAAAGACAAGAUCAAACGGGUCGAGCGAGAACUGUACAAGGAAUAUCAGGCCCUGGAGCAGACUCUCGAGGUGCGAACUCGAAAGCUGGAACGAAUCGAGGAGAGUUGGGAGAAAAUGAAGCUCAAGAUGUCGGACAUGGAGACACGAAUGCAUUCCGACCACGGUUCUCGAACCCCGAAAUCCAGCAGGACGCCUGAAAUUAGCAAGCUGAAGGGCGAAAAUAGGUUGCUCAAAGCAGAACUUCAGCUCCUCCAACAGCAACAAGUCCAUCACAGCCUCCAGCACAGACGAGACCGGAACGAAAGUCGAGCGUCGGGCUAUUCAAGCAUCCUGUCCAACGACGGCCCGGGCCAAGCGCCAGAUGCUGCAUUGAACGGUGCCGUGGGUGUUCCCGCACGUUCGUCUAGCAUGAGACGCAAUCGAGCAAUGGAGCUCCAGCGUCACCAUUCGACGGGCGUCGUGGAGCACCUGGCCAAUAUGAAUGGAGAUGUAACCUCGAUGCGUUCCAACUCCAUCUCCAGUCGGAACUCGGCCUAUACGCAAGGCGAACGUGAUCGCGGUCUCAUGAUUCCUGCCGGGCCAUUCAAUGCCCCAGCGAACGGAAACUUUCCCCUCCCACCGCCACGAGAAGCGCCUCCCGCCCCUCCAAGCACGGCAUCCGGGUCCGAUAUCGCAAGUAUCACGACCGCCGUGAGUGGGCAGGGACAAGAGAAAUGGAUUCAUCGACUGAGAGAAUUGGAGAGGAGACUCAAGGCCGAGCGUGAGGCAAGACUUCUAGACCGAAGUGGUGCGAGGAAAAGACUGGAGGAGAGAGAUGCGGUCAAUGAAGAGCUGAGACGUGAGCUGGAACGCGAGAGAGUACGAAAGAGCGUGGAAGCGGGUGAGGCCGUCUUGCAACCGUUUGCCGGUGAAGCUCCAGCGGCGGAAUCGGACGGACAGGGUAGUGGAACAAAGAAGCGCUAG